AUGAUAACGAUCACGACUGAAGACGACUCACUAGCAGAGCAUGAGAUGCAAGCAAUCCGGGGAAACAUCCGCAAUACCACGAACGGAGCGACCAUCACGUUGAGCACAACGUCCUUCACAAUAAACAACACCCUAGGAAGCAAACUCAAGAAAUGGGAGGACGAGGGUUUCCCGGACGUACCAGGAGCACACCAUGCUAAGGCGAUUGCAGCUGAACUGCGCGCGAGAAAGACGCACACCCUUGUACGGGACAUAGAACACGCAGCAAUAAACCCAUUAGUCCAAUCCGCUAAGUCAGCAGCGAAGAACGCACUUGGACAACCACCCCCAUGGCCAGUACGGGAGCCACAAGAAUGCUUCAUGGUAGAUGGGAUGAAGCUAGCAAUAAGGAAAAUAAAGACACAUAAGACAGACCAACGGGAAGCGACGAGAUGGAACAUGGAAGAGGCACUAGACCGACUCCAGGACACCUCUGAAUCCAGAGCGACCGCAAAAGAGGUAUGGAGAGGAAUGAAGUCCCCACACAUCAUCAAAGGCGCAAGAGGGUUUAUGUGGCUUGCCAUGCACGACGGGUAUAUGACCGGAGACAGAUGGCUGAAGACGAACAUGUCUGAGGAAUACAAGGAACGAGGAAUGUGCAAAAACUGCAUACAGGUGGAAUCCAUGAACCACAUCCUCUUCCACUGCGAGGAAAUAGGCCAAGAAAUGAUAUGGAAACUGCUCACAAGUGUAUGGUCCGAAGCCGGUCUCCCCAAAAUGUCCGCAAACUGGGGAUCAGUUCUUGCCCCCGGAAUAGCAUCACCAGAAAGCGGUGAGAGACCGCUCACCGGGCAUGAACGAAGACUGUGGACAAUCCUGACCACAGAAUGCGACAGAGUGAUAGAGGAGCAAGGAGAGGCGCACACGGCCGUGGAGGUCACGAACAGAUGGUACGCCGCAAUGAACGGAAGAUUGGCGCUUGACCGGAGAACGCGGCGCGGCGCUGGAAAUGUGGCCAAAAUCUGGUUGCCUAUUCUGAACGAUAGAGACCGACUCCCAGAAGACUGGGUACUCGGAGGCGGGGGUUUAGUGGGUAUAAGGAAAGCGAGCGGAUAG